UCCUGUCAUUUGGACAUGUGCUUGUUAUUUCUGAGACGGUGUUUUGAUUGAAAUUAGUACUUUAAUCAUGUUUUAUCUGGUUGGUUUGGGGUUGGGGGAUGUAAAAGAUAUAACUGUGAAAGGCCUAGAAGUUGUUAAGAAUGCUGAAAGGGUUUACCUUGAAGCGUACACAUCAAUCCUGACAGUUGGCAAGGAAGCAUUGGAGGAAUACUAUGGACGAAAAGUAAUUCUUGCUGAUAGAGACAUGGUUGAGCAACAAUCAGAUGAGUUGUUGGAUGGUGCAGACAAGUCAGAUGUGGCGUUUCUGGUAGUUGGAGAUCCUCUUGGAGCGACAACCCACACUGACCUGAUCCUACGAGCUGUUGAGAAGGGAAUACAGUACCGAGUGGUCCACAAUGCCUCCAUCAUGAAUGCUGUAGGUUGCUGUGGCUUGCAGUUAUACAACUAUGGUGAGGCAGUGUCUAUUGUGUUCUGGACAGACACCUGGAGACCAGACAGCUUCUAUGACAAGAUAGCAGUCAACAGGGACAGGGGGAUGCACACCUUGUGUCUACUAGAUAUAAAAAUGAAGGAACAAACAAUUGAAAACUUGAUGAAGGGUAAUAAGAUAUAUGAGCCCCCUCGGUUUAUGUCUGUGAGUCAGGCAGCGGAGCAGCUCCUGGAGAUUGUGCAGCGGAAGGGUAAAGAGGGAGAACAGAAUCUCGCUCUGUCAGAGGAUACUGUGUGUGUUGGACUGGCAAGGGUUGGCUGUGAUGACCAGAAGAUAUGUGUUGCGACUUUGCAGCAGUUGACCUCAGUUGACCUUGGUGAACCUCUUCAUUCAUUGGUUAUACCAGGUCACAUGCACCCCCUGGAAGUAGACAUGUUGAAUCUUUUUGCUCUUGAUGACAGUGUCAAGACUCAUCUUCAGGCCUGCUUACCAUCCUCCUGAAUCAUGCUCAGUUAUUGGAAGGACAAUUUCUUCCGGGGCCUUGACCCCAAAUUUACACAGUUUAUGGGCCACUUUUGGCAAGCAUGGGCCUUACAUUUCACUCCAUGAGCUAUAAAUUCACCAUGAUCGCAGCCGAAGAAAACACUUAAUUCUUUGUAAUCUUAGUUUUGAACUGCAAGCAAUAACUUGUCACAUAUAUCAGAAUAUUUGAGUAGGAAUUAAAAAACCUAAUGACUUCGUAUGAAUGAGAACUGUAGUGUAAACAUAGAUGGCGGCAAUCAGCAAUUCCGUAGUUGUCAUUAUGGAAUUAAAUUGUGAUUAGUCAGUCCAUGUCAUACAGGUAAGAAAACUACUGCACAUGCAGAUCCUGUCCUGUAUUUGAUACGCCAGUUUAUUAUAUCAUGUGUGACUUGUGCUUGUCUCCUGACUUUCCCAAUCACGUCAUGCUUGUAUUUGAUGCAUGACAAAGAUCGGGAUCCAGGGGAAGAAAUGCAUCUUCCCGAGGCAAGUGAGUUAACUGACUAUAAAAGUCCAGUUUCCACCCUUGCCGAACUAGGCUGGUAUU